AUGAUUUUUAAGAUGAAUACCUACCUCGGCGAUAAAUCCAAUUCAUCAAUAUCUGGAUAUUUGAAAGUGUCUGCACUAAAUAACGGCAGUCUUUCUGCAAACAACUCCAAUGAGACAGCAAGCAAUCUGGAUUCACCUGCCUUGGAUAUCAGUAGGGCGAUAAUUGUGGGGCUUAUCCUAGGUGCCUUUAUACUCUUUGCUAUUAUAGGUAAUAUCUUGGUAAUUCUCUCUGUUGCUUGCAAUAGACAUUUAAGAAUCCCUACAAACUAUUUCAUAAUUAACCUUGCAAUAGCAGAUUUGUUGCUGAGUUUUACUGUCCUUCCAUUCUCUGCUACACUGGAAAUCCUUGGCUACUGGGUUUUGGGGAGGAUAUUUUGCGAUAUCUGGGCAGCAGUUGAUGUGCUAUGCUGUACAGCUUCUAUUUUAAGUCUAUGUGCAAUUUCUAUAGAUAGAUAUAUAGGGGUGCGUUAUUCUCUCCAGUAUCCAACUUUGGUAACAAGAAGAAGGGCAAUUUUAGCUCUCCUAGGUGUCUGGGUCCUUUCCAUGGUGAUUUCUAUUGGGCCUCUUUUGGGUUGGAAAGAACCAGCACCCAAGGACGAUAAAGAGUGCCGUAUCACUGAAGAACCAUUCUAUGCUUUGUUUUCUUCCUUGGGGUCAUUUUACAUUCCUUUAAUCGUCAUACUCGUGAUGUACUGUCGGGUCUACAUAGUGGCAAAAAGGACUACUAAAAACCUGGAAGCUGGGGUUAUGAAAGAAAUGUCCAACUCCAAGGAGCUGACUUUAAGGAUCCAUUACAGGAACAUUCACGAGGACACAUUGAACAGCACCAAACCCAAGGGUCACAAUCCCAGGAACUCCUUAGCUUUCAAACUUUUUAAAUUCUCUAGAGAAAAGAAGGCAGCCAAGACGUUGGGAAUUGUGGUUGGCAUGUUUAUCUUGUGCUGGCUACCUUUCUUCAUUGUUCUGCCACUAGGAUCUCUGUUUUCGGCUCUGAAGCCCCCUGAAACGAUCUUCAAGGUGAUUUUUUGGCUUGGCUACUUUAACAGCUGCUUGAAUCCAAUUAUCUACCCUUGCUCAAGCAAAGAGUUCAAGAGGGCUUUUAUACAGAUCCUAAAAUGCCAGUGCCACCGUCGAAAGCAAUCAGGGUGGUGGGCCUACAGCUACAGAAACUGGAAUCGGUGCUCCUUUGAACACCCUAGGAAGGACUCUCUGGAAGACAGCGGGAGCUUCCUAAGUGGCAGUCAGAGGACAUUAUCUUCAGCAUCUCCCAGCCCCGGCUACCUGAGCAAAGUCACUCACCCACAUAUCGAGAUGUGCACAUUCCAGGAAUGGAAAAACUCCAGCUCUUUCCUGAGCCCCUUACAGGAAGGCAGCAGACAAAAGGACCCGUGCCAGUUCUUUACCUUCAAUCUCUUAACGGAGCGCAAUGGAUACGUUCCUGCUGGCAGCCAAGCUUCCAGCAAUGGGGACCAUGAGCCCAUCUGUGACACGCUGAAUGGCAAAACCGGCUGUAGAGCAAACAUGACACUGGAAUGA